CUCCCAGCAGCCGCAGCCCGGGCUGAGCCCACCUGCGCGCUGCCCCCCGGCCGCGGCCCCUUUAAGAAGGCGCCGGGCAAAGGCCGAUCCAGGCGGGACGGGCGCGGCAGCCAGCCAAUAGCGACAGUCUGCUCCGCCCGGGGGAGCCAAUGAGAGCCGGGGGCGGGGCUGGAGCAGCUGAUCCCGGAGGCCAGAUACCCUUGGAAAAGAGGAAUGAAGCCUCUCUCCGAAUGGCUAGCCUUCUGGAACUGUCCCCUUGACUGAAGACCAAGAGCCUGCCUGAGGGUGCAGCCCAGCCCGGAGGUACCAGCCACCCCUGUUCCUCCAGCACCAGGUUAGUUUGAUCCUCGCCUCAACUCUCUGCCAUGGCUUCUGGAGGGGAGGGUCCGGCUGAUGGCUCCCCUGACUGGGCUGACACCAGCAUCGAUCUCAGCUCGCCAGGCCUCGCCAAGGCCAGCACCUCCAUGCUGGACAGUGGGGAGGACUUCGAAGUCCUCGAUGAGGAUGACGACGACGACUUGAGUGAACUCCCCCCUUUGGAGGACAUAGGGACGGGAAGGACCCCACCAGCCAGAGAUGACACCCAGGUGCCUGGGUCAGAGCAAGCCCCAGAGGAGGCCUCCAACAUGCCCCAGGCAGCUGAGGAGUGGCUUGAUGUCUUGGGGAGUGGCUUACUCAAGAAGAAGACCCUGGUGCCAGGUCAAGGCAUGGCGAGCCGGCCGCGCAAAGGCCAGGAUGUCACCGUCCGACUCAAGGCGAUGCUGGAGGAUGGCAGCGUCGUGGAGGACAGUCCCAGCCUCUCCUUCACCCUGGGAGACUGCGACGUCAUGCAGAGAGGGCCCUCUGCUGACCUCCCUCUGAACUCUGGGUCCCUGCAGGCCCUAGACCUGUGUGUACAGCUGAUGGAAAUGGGAGAAACUGCCUCAAUCCUGUCGGAUGCCAAGUACUGCUACGGCCCGCAGGGCAGGAGCCCCGACAUCCCGCCCCACGCAGCCCUCACCCUGGAAGUGCAGCUGCUGGCCGUGCAGGACGCUCCUGACCUGGAGCUCCUCCGUGGGAGAGAGAAAAUCCAGCUGGCCAAUCGCAAGCGGGAGCGCGGGAACUUCUACUACCAGCAGGCGGACUACGUGCUGGCCAUCAACUCCUACGACAUCGCCCUGAAGACCAUCGACUCCAGCUCCAAAGUCGACGUCAGCCCGGAGGAGGAGGCCGAGCUGCUGGAGGUGAAGGUGAAAUGUCUCAACAACCUGGCAGCCUCUCAGCUCAAGCUGGACCAUUAUGAGGCUGCCCUGAGAUCCUGCACCCAAGUCCUGGAGCACCAGCCGGAGAACAUCAAGGCCCUCUUCCGCAAGGGGAAGGUGCUGGCACAGCAGGGCGAGUACAGCGAGGCCAUACCCCUCCUCAAAGCAGCUUUGAAGCUGGAGCCAUCGAACAAGACUAUCCAUGCAGAGCUCUCCAAGUUGGUGAAGAAACACGCGGAGCAGAAGAAUGUGGAGACCGCGAUGUACAAGAAGAUGCUGGGGAACGCCGGCACCAGCAGCACCCCUGCACCGUGCAAAGACAAGUUGCCCCGGUCUAUUCCCUGGAAGUGGCUCUUCGGCGCAACAGCUGUCGCGCUCGGUGGCGUGGCCUUGUCCGUUGUCAUAGCCGCAAGGAACUAGCGUCAUCUCCGGAGAGGCCCAAGAAGCUGUGCUACGCCCCCGUCUGCCCCACCAGCUGCCCCAGGAUCUGCACCGCUGAGGACUGUCUGAUUUCCUCCCCUCAGAGCGGAGCCGGGGUUCUGCGCAUCCCUCCCUCCCCACUUACCCACUGAUUGUAAAUCACAGAAUCAAGCCGCUCUGCCCGAGCGGCCUGGCGAGCAGCCGUUGCGGUGGCACCUUUGCAGCAGGACGGGGCGCGGGUGGAGGGUUGGCAG